AUUUUUUGAUGAACAUUUUUUAGCAUACACGGGGUUAGAAUGUGCAUAUGGAUGUUAUGCAGUUAUGCUUGGCACAUUAAUUUCUUUUCAAAGAGCCACACAAAGACCAACAGUGGAAAUCACACAGGGGUUGUUUGGAUUCCAGCGUUUUCUCCGCCACACACGGCUAAUCGCAGUGUUUCCUUUGUAAAAAAAUUGGCGUUUUGCUCCACACGCCAAUAUCCAAACAACCCCGUAGUGUAAGAUGAAAAAACUAAACAAAAAAUUGAAUACGCUGUGAUUUGUUAAUUUUUUUUCGAAAAUGUAUACUCUGUGAUUUUAUAUAAAAAUAUUAUGUUUCAGUGAAAUCUCAACAACAAUCAAGGGGUUAUAUCUUUUUAACUUUGGCUCAAGAUCCUGAGUAUCAUUUGGCACAGGUAUUAAUAUGUCUCUUCCUCUACAUUUUCUUUUCCUUUUUGAGCUUGAACUUUAUUCCGUAAAUCUUUGGAGUAAACUAAACAUGCCUUUCUGUACAAUUUUUAAUAUCAAACUUUCAUUUUUUUCAAGCUUAAAUAGCUAGUAGGUUUUUUUUAUAUAGUAAUAGGUAAAAUGAUCAACAUAUAGUUACAAAAAAACACUGGCAGACAUUUAGUUAUGAUGCUGAUUACUGGUACAGAGCUUUUAAUAGUAAUUAAAUAAGUAAUUAAUUAAAAUACAUCAAAUUUCAAAUUUUAAAGCAAAACAAAAUCUCAGAUCAAAUGCUAUGCUACUCUAUAUUAAAUUUGCAGAUUGCCGAUGCCGUUGUUGUUGCUAAACACCUUGGAGCUACACUUGUCCUUCCAAACAUAAAAGGAAAUGAACCAGGGAAGAAAAGGAAGUUUGGUGAUAUCUAUGAUGUGAAGAAGUUUGUUGAAAGCCUGGAUAAGAAAGUGCCUCUAGUUAUGGAUCAUCAAGCAACAGAAAUAUCCAACCAAAAGGUUAACAAAGUGAAGGUUCCUAACAUGGUUUCCAAAGAGUUCAUCAGCUCAAAAGUUGAGCCAGUAUUCAAGAGCACGCCAAAUAUAAGGAUUGCCACUUACUUCCCAGCAUCAAUGGAACAAACAAGAAAACUAAAUCCAUAUGCAUGCCUGGCUGUGUUUGACACCCUCAAGUUGAGGCCGGAAUUGCAAGAAUCUAUAGACACAAUGGUAUUAACACUAAGAAGUCUCAGUUCCCAUUCACAAGGCCGAUUUGUCGCGGUUGAUUAUAGGGUGGAGAGCCUACCCGAAGGCGGUAGUAAGUGUCCUGACAGUGAAACAUCAACCCAAAACUGCAUUGAUGCCAAUGAUAUAGUUAUGCAUUUACAAAAGAUCGGUUUUCCCAGAGAAACAACCAUUUAUUUGACACUAAAUGGGUGGGAUUCAAGCCUUGAACAUUUCCGAAAAGCCUUUCCCAACACUUACACCAAGGAUGUAAUCAUCCCUUCGAACGACAAGUCAAAGUUCUUGGAUCCUGAACAUCCUGAACUCAGACAGAUUGUGGACAUAUAUAUAUCUUCAAUGGCAGAUGUUUAUGUACCCACAUCAUCAAACAUGUUUAAUGACAACAUUGUGGCAAGGAGAAUCGCAGCUGGAAAGACCCGAGUUCUUGUGCCAGGCAAGGGAUCAUCGGACUCUGCAGAUGACUAUGUUCCUGCCUACAUAUCCAUGAAAAGGCAUUGGGCAUAUUCAUGCUUUUGUUGAUCAAAUCAAUUAAGUCAAAAUAAUGGAUGUUUGAUAAGGUGAUGAAUAAUAAGGACAGAAUGUCCAAGUUAAGUAACUAUCUAUCCAUCUACCGCCUUGUAAGUUUUUUUUUUUUUUGAGGGAUACCGCCUUGUAAGUUGAUAACAGUUAUAAGGGUCAAGUCUUAAAUCUUGUGAAAUGUUCAUAUGCACCUAAGUUUGAUCUUUUUCAACAUAUGUGUUGUUCAGAAAGUAUUGCAUUGAAUUAAUUAGAAUGCCUCAAUUCAUU